CACACCCACACUUCGCUACACAGCUGCGGUCUGCACCAGCCAAGCGGAGGUGAUCCAGAGCCAGGAUGGCAGUCCUCUCCAAAGAGUAUGGUUUCGUGGUCCUGACCGGGGCUGCCAGCUUCAUCAUGGUAGCCCACUUGGCCAUCAGUGUUGUCAAGGCCCGUAAGAAGUACAAGAUAGAGUACCCGAUCAUGUACAGCAUGGACCCUGAGAACGGGCACCUCUUCAACUGCAUCCAGCGAGCUCACCAGAACACGUUGGAAGUGUAUCCUCCCUUCUUAUUUUUUCUAGCUGUUACAGGUGUUUACCACCCGCGAGUAGCUUCUGGUUUGAGUUUGGCCUGGAUUGUUGGACGAGUUCUUUUUGCGUAUGGCUAUUAUACAGGAGACCCCGGCAAGUGGAGAAGGGGAACCCUGGGCGCUGUCGCCCUCAUCGGCUUGAUGGGCACAACUGUGUGCUCUGCCUUCCAGCAUCCUGGUUGGGUUAAAACUGGCCUGGGCAGUGGGUCCAAAUGCUGCCACUGAAGAAUUAGAGAGUGUUUACAAACUCAUUCAUUUUGAGUGACUUGCUUUUAUUUACACUGACAUUUUUUUUCCUAAAUAUAAUAAAAACUUAUCUGGCAUCAGCCUCAUACA